AUGAGGCAACGAAUGCUGGGUCCGGACCUCUGGCCACUGCUCCUCUGUCUCCAGCUGCUGUGGCAGGUUGGUGAGAGCAAGUGUGACAAGGAUAAUUAUGUAAUCAAUGUGAUGCAGCAGAAUCACUCAGACCUUCCAUGGACCUUCGAUAAAAUAAAACCAGCUGUGCAGCUGGGACUACGUAUUGUAGAAGAGCAGCUGCAGAAGGCAGGAAAAAAUGUGAUAAUCAACGCCACUUACCAUGGCUUCAACACAUCACUAUAUGUCUCACAGGGCUGUAGCUCUACCACCUGUGAAGGUGUGCAGGUCAUCAAGCAACUCUAUAAUAGCGACACCCUUGGCUGCGUUGUCCUGGGACCCAUUUGUACUCAUGCCACGUACCAGAUGGUCUCCGUUGACACAAGAUUGGGCCUCCCUCUGAUCUCUGCAGGGAGCUUUGGGCUGUCAUGUGACUAUAAAGACAACCUAACUCGAAUCCUGACUCCAGCCAGGAAACUGAUCUACUUCUUCGUUGAUUUCUGGAAAAAAUUCAAUUUGCCAUUCAAAACCAGCUCCUGGGAAUCCACCUACCUCUAUAAGACAGAUAACACCACAGAAGACUGCUUCUGGUACCUCAAUGCACUGGAGGCUGGAGUCUCAUACUUCUCUUCAGAGGUGAAGUUCAAAGAGGUUUUAAGGACACCAGAACAAUUAAAGAAAAUUGUGAAGGAUCAGAGCCGGAAAAGCAAUGUGAUCAUCAUGUGUGGCUCCCCAGCUGAGGUCAAGACAAUCCUAGGGGAAGAGAAAGUGGAUGAGGACAUAGUCAUCAUCCUGGUGGAUCUUCACAAUAACAUCUACUUUCAGAACAACGCCAAAUCAGACAGUUAUAUGCGGAAUGUCCUUGUCUUGACGCUGCCACCACCCAGUUACACACCGAAUUCCACGAAUGCCACAGAAGAACACCUGCUGAAUAAUGACUAUAUUGUUGGCUAUUUGAAUGGAGUCUUGCUCUUUGGACACGUCCUGAAGAAACUUCUGCUCUCCGAACAGCCAAUUGAGAGUCCCACUGAUUUCAUUGAACAGUUUCGGAACGUCACAUUUAAAGGUGCAUUGGGUCCAGUGACCCUGGAUGAAUUUGGAGAUCUUGAUGUCAAUUUGUCUGUAUUGUAUACAUCAGUAGAUACCUAUCAAUUCCAGACCCUCCUGCAGUAUGACACUCAUCAGAAUAAGACAAAACCAAUGACUGCCAGCCCAUCUUUCAUCUGGAGGAACCAGAAGCUUCCUAAUGACAUUCCAAGCACCGGCCUGCACAUCCUGACUAUCGCUAUCUUUGCACUCACUGGGACCGUGGUGUUGGUUCUGAUCAUCGUUCUGCUGGUGUUGAGAAAGUACAGGAGAGAUAUUGCAUUUCGGCAGAAGAAAUGGUCUCACAUACCCCCUGACAAGAUCCUGCCUCUGGAGACCAAUGAGACAAGCCACGUCAGUCUGAAGAUUGAUGAAGACAAGAGGCGUGACACAAUCCAGAGACUGCGCCAAGCAAAAUAUGACAAGAAGGUGGUGAUCCUGAAAGAUCUCAAACACAAUGAUGGGAAUUUCACAGAGAAACAAAAGAUAGAACUGAACAAGCUCCUCCAGAUCGACUAUUACAACCUGACAAAGUUCUAUGGCACAGUGAAGAUGGACACGAUGAUCUUUGGGGUGAUUGAAUACUGUGAGAGAGGAUCAUUGCGGGAUGUCUUAAAUGAUAAGAUCUCCUACCCAGAUGGCACCUUCAUGGACUGGGAGUUUAAAAUCUCUGUCAUGUAUGAUAUUGCCAAGGGAAUGUCCUACCUGCAUUCAAGCAAAACUGAGGUCCAUGGCCGCCUCAAGUCCACAAACUGUGUAGUGGACAGCCGCAUGGUGGUGAAGAUCACUGAUUUUGGCUGCAAUUCCAUUCUUAUUCCAAGGAAAGAUCUGUGGACAGCUCCUGAACACCUUCGUCAUGCUGAUGUGUCUCAGAAAGGUGAUGUGUACAGCUAUGGAAUCAUUGCACAGGAGAUCAUCUUGCGCAGGGAGACCUUCUACACUAACUCCUGCUGGGACCAUAAAGAGAAACUCUACAGAGUGGAGAGUGGCAAAGGAGUUAGACCCUUCCGCCCAGACCUGGUCCCAGAGACUGCAGGAGAAGGAGAGCUGGAAGUGUAUAUGCUUGUAAAAAGUUGCUGGGAGGAAGAUCCAGAGAAAAGGCCUGACUUUAAGAAAAUUGAGAGCACUCUGGCUAAAAUAUUCAGUAACUACCAUGGUCAGACCAAUGAAAGCUACAUGGAUACCUUGAUCCGGCGUCUGCAGCUGUAUUCCCGGAACCUAGAGCAUCUGGUAGAGGAGAGGACGAAGCUCUACAAGGCAGAAAGGGACAGAGCGGACAGGCUUAACUUCAUGCUGCUCCCACGGCCAGUGGUAAAAUCUUUGAAGGAAACUGGGCAGGUAGAGCCAGAGCUGUUUGAAGCAGUAACCAUCUACUUCAGCGACAUUGUCGGCUUCACCACGCUAUGCCAAUACAGCACCCCCAUGGAAGUGGUGGACAUGCUCAAUGACAUCUAUAAGAACUUUGAUCACAUUCUUGACCAUCACGAUGUUUACAAGGUGGAGACCAUUGGUGAUGCGUACAUGGUGGUGAGUGGCUUACCAAAGAGAAACGGCAACCGCCACGCAGUGGACAUCUCUAUGAUGGCACUGGAUAUCCUUAGUUUCAUGGGGUCCUUUGAAUUACGACAUCUUCCAGGCCUGCCUGUUUGGAUUCGCAUUGGGAUUCACUCUGGUCCAUGUGCAGCUGGUGUGGUUGGGAUUAAGAUGCCUCGUUACUGUUUAUUUGGAGACACGGUUAACACAGCUUCAAGGAUGGAAUCCACAGGUUUACCUUUACGGAUUCAUGUAAGUGGGUCUACGAUCGCCAUCCUGAAGAGGACAGACUGUCAUUUCCAGUAUAAAAUGAGAGGAAAGACUUACCUGAAGGGCAAAGGAACUGAGAUUACCUAUUGGCUGACAGGGGUGAAGGACCAGCAGUAUAAUCUCCCAACACCUCCUUCUGUGGAGAAUCAGCAGCGGUUGCAAGAUGACUUAGCAGGGAUGAUAACAGAGUGUCUGGAGAAAAGGCAAACUGAACGGGUCCUGGUGCGUGAGCCUUCCCGGGUGGCCAGCUACCGAAAAGGCACCCUAGAGUACCUGCAGUUGGCCACCACAGAAAACUCCAGCACCUAG